AUGCAUUCAUAUCGCGCGCUCCAACCAUGUGAGCCACCCGAUUCAGGUAUUCCUUACCUCUUUGAACUUGAACCUAACAAAUACAGGAAAACAACUUCGUUCACCAGUCCCGCCCCGGAGACUGAUAAAUUGACCGACAAUCAAGACUCCAUUGUGCCACGACUCCUCAAUGUUCAGGAGCACAGGGAAGAGAUUCCAAAAAUGUGGAAGUAUAUCAGACAUUUAGAGGUGCUUUGUCCGCCGUCUGAUCCUAGGUUGCGCUUGGAUUGGUCACCACCAAGGGUGCCACUCAAACGCCACUGGAUCAAUGCUCGGAAGGAGAAGCGAUUUGUGGCUUUGUCGUAUACUUGGGAGAAAUCCGAGCACGAGGACAAGACUCACGAACAAUAUGCAGUCCAGGCCCGGGAUAAAGCAAGAUACGUCCCAUGCAAGGUUCGAGACUGUGUCUUUAAACGUAUCCUUAAGUAUAUGCGUGUUCACGACAUAUUCUAUUUAUGGAUCGAUCGAUACUGCAUCGCGCAAAAGGCUUGCAGGACCCACCAUUGCAAACAUAAAAAGUGCGCUACAAAACGCGAGGCUCUUCACGCCUCAGACCUCGUCUACGGCAAUUCUGAAUUCCCUGUUGCCUUGCUUGGCAGGCAAAUGGAGCAAGAACAAGAUAUGCGGCUUUUGGCAAAGAUCAUGGGAGGGCGGCUUGUGGUUGGCGGGAUCGACGGCCCCCGACUUUCCAGGAGGACGUCUCGGAAAGAGGUAGGAGAUGCUCUGACCUUACUGAAUGCUAUCACUAGUGACAAGUGGUGGACGAGAGCUUGGACGUUCCAGGAGAACUACCGUGGUAGCACAAGAAUGACAUUGCUGAUCCAUCAUCCGUCAAAUUUGGAAAGUACCAAGAGGGAGUUUGCGGACGUGUUCGGGUACGUCCCUGGCGAAUUGAGCAUCCAGUCAACGAGCUUCUUUAAGCACACGACCCGACUUUGCCAAGCAGCCCUUGCUGCGGGACUGAAGAGUGACAUGCCACAUCGCAUUCUUCAUGCGGCUGGGAGGUACUCGAUUCUCUUGCAUGAAUCAGAAUCGAUGACGUCCAGAAUUAUCGCCGAACUCCAAUUCAAGGAGGUGGCUAGGGAGUCUGAUAUCCUCGCCAUUAUCGCAAACUGUUGCACAUAUCCUGUGCGGUUGGAUGUGAAGUCGCUUGAAAAAGAAAAUCUUUCCGUUAAUAUCCUUGCUUUACGUCUUCUCAACGGAGAGAUUUUCGACAACGGCCGCGGCCGGAACCAAGAUUUGACGCGGCCGACACCCACUACGGAACGCUUUUUCUUUCCGCAAUUUGAGGCCCCCCCAAACGAUCAUAGGCUCACGUACAACAAACAUUGCAGAUUCGAUCCUGUUUGCCUUACAAGUGCAGGGGUCGAAACCACCGGGCAUUUGUGGAAGCUAGAGAAGUUGAUACGUACGGACGAGCUGCUCCCUGAUCCACUGCGUUUGAAGCCUUCGGAACCGACAUUAGUUACGCGAGACCGUCUAAAGCAGUUGGUGAAUGUGCUGAGGGACAAUGAUGCCCAAUUUCUCGCAAGAAAAAUCAACCAUUUCAUCCGUUAUAAUGACUGGAACUUGCCUCUUAGACCGCUUACAACAUCCAAAUUCUCACACCGCUGGGUAUUUACAAUGAUUCAGGAAGUGAUUGCUGCAAUGAAAGAUGGCAAAGUCCUUAGACUGGGGCGUUUGUACGGCUCUCCUACCAAUACAACUCCUCAAAUUUCUGCCCUGUUUAUCUACAAUCAUGAUGACCAUGGGGAACCGUUCGGCCCAUCGGAUUACGUUUUUACCAGUUUAUGUCCCAAGACCGUGGAUGACAAGCAAAGGAACUACAAUGACUUGCACCGGCAUGUCUCUAUUCAAGUGGAAGUAGCAGGCCCCGCCGACCCGUUGCCUCGACUGUAUUUCAAGCAGUGGAUCUCAGGAUCGUGUUUCUUCUCGGGAUGUCCCCGGAGGAAGGUGGUGUUUCCUUGGCCAGAUAUAUUAUGA